UAGUUCACUUUCCCUGAGUUACAAUAUUAUUCCUUUUUUAUCAUAGCAAUAUGAAUUAUAAUUUUAUGAAUAUCUUCAAGUUUCUUCAUGGGGUGUCAACAUGAAGAAUGUCACUGAAGUUACUAUAUUUGUACUGACGGGCUUCACAGACAAGCUUGAACUGCAGUUCAUCUUAUUCCUCCUGUUCCUAGCAGUUUACCUGUUUACUCUGAUAGGAAAUUUAGGAAUGGUUGUAUUGGUCAUUGGGGAUUCUCGGCUUCACAACCCCAUGUACUGUUUUCUGAGUGUGUUAUCAUCUGUGGAUGCCUGCUUUUCCUCAGUAAUUACCCCCAAUAUGUUAGUAGAUUUUAUGUCAAAGAAUAAAACAAUUUCACUCCUUGGAUGUGCGACACAGAUGUUUCUCGCUGUUACUUUUGGGACCACGGAGUGCUUUCUCUUGGCUGCAAUGGCAUAUGAUCGCUAUGUAGCAAUCUACAACCCUCUCCUGUAUUCAGUUAGCAUGUCACCCAGAGUCUAUGUACCACUCAUCAUUGCCUCCUAUGUUGGUGGCAUUUUGCAUGCUUCUAUACACACAGUGGCUACAUUUAGCCUCUCUUUCUGUGCAUCCAAUGAAAUUAGACAUGUCUUUUGUGACAUCCCUCCUCUCCUUGCUAUUUCUUGUUCUGACACGCACACAAACCAGCUUCUCCUCUUCUACUUUGUGGGCUCUAUUGAGAUAGUCACUAUCCUGAUUGUCCUGAUCUCCUAUGGUUUCAUUCUGUUGGCCAUUCUGAGGAUGCAUUCUGCUGAAGGGAGGAGAAAAGUCUUUUCUACAUGUGGCUCUCACCUAACUGGAGUGUCCAUUUAUCAUGGAACCAUCCUCUUCAUGUACGUGAGACCAAGUUCCAGCUACGCUUUGGACCACGACAUGAUAGUGUCGACAUUUUACACCAUUGUGAUUCCCAUGCUGAAUCCCAUCAUCUAUAGUUUGAGGAACAAAGACGUAAAAGAGGCAAUGAAAAGAGUGUUUGGUAAAAAUGGGUGGAUCAAUAAAGUAUCUUUUUCACACUAAC